AAUGAUAACACUUUUGUGGUAGUUUGAUGCGAGUACUUGUAACAGUGCGUCUUUUUUGUUCAAUCGCAAAUAACUGACUCCAUCAGUAUAAAGAUGUCUUUAUAAUGACAUACAACAUGCGCAAUUGUAUGUAAGAGCAAUUUGAUGUAUGCGUAUUUCGUGUGGCAUGGAUGCGGCAAUUCUAUACUUUAUACCCGGAACGUGUAGAAGCGGCGAGUUAGAAAGUUAUUCGUAACGUUCGAGCCUAGGCAGAUACCGUGAGAAAUACGAUAGCCAUAGAUAGAGAAAUUGACGUUGGCAUUACAUACAUACAUCAUUCGGGGGGCCGAUCCCAGUGUUUCUCGGUAGAUUGACAGUAUCGCUAAGAUGGCUGAUAUUAAAGAAACUCCGCCGCUAUUUGACACAAACGAGACAAAAGUAGACGAUUUGGACGACGACGAUGAAGAUAUUUUCAGAUCAGCGGUCCAGGAUCAAAGUCAACUGAGUCAAGAUUCGUCUCCCUAUAAUGGAGUGUCAACUAUCCAAGCAGAACUACCAAAGCUGACUUUACGAGAUGUGCCGGAGGAGAAUUCGUUUUCGUCCGUAUCGAGUCCUGCACCAGGACCUUUAAGUUCACCGUUGGGACCAAUGAGUAGUGAUAUAGGUGAUCUCCACGAUGUGCCCAUAAAUGAUAACGCGGAUGUGCUCUCAACGAAUGUUAUACAGGCUCAGUCGACUGAUACGGUAUCGGCAGAUUCUUCUGAUGUAUUUUUAAAGAUCACAGUAACUUCGCCACAGAAGAUUGGAGAUGGGAUGGGUGCUUAUGUUGCAUACAAGGUUGAAACAAAAACAAAUAUGCCAAUAUUUAGAAAAAGAAAUUUCAGUGUGAUCAGACGUUUCAGCGACUUUCUUGGUCUCCAUGACAAAUUAACGGAUAAAUAUCUUAGAAGUGGCAGAAUAAUUCCUCCAGCUCCAGAGAAGAAUGUCAUUGGAACAACAAAAAUUAAAAUGUCCGGGGACAAAAAUCAGGAACAAAACUCCAGUUCCACGGAGUUUCUCGAGAAACGUAGAGCAGCACUUGAAAGAUUUUUAAAUAGAACUGCAGCUCAUCCGGUGCUCAGCGUCGAUCCCGAUUUUAGAGAAUUUUUGGAAGCUGAUAUGGAAUUGCCUAAAGCUACUAAUACAUCUGCACUCAGUGGGAAAGGAGUGAUGAGGCUCUUUAACAAAGUUGGAGAAACAGUUAACAAGAUAACAUACAAAAUGGAUGAAACUGAUAAAUGGUUUGAAGAAAAAACGUCGCAGAUUGAUUCCCUAGACGUUCAGUUACGCGCGCUGCAUUCUGCAGUCGAUACUUUGACUAACCAGAGAAGGGAGUUGGCAAACUGCACUGGCGCAACAGCAAGAUCUAUCGCGGUGCUCGGGCAUGGCGAACCAGGGGCGUCUCUUGGAAGGGCAUUGGCUCAAUUAGCUGAGACUUUGGAGAAGGUAGAAGUAAUCAGAAGAGCACAAAGCAAUUGCGAUCUUUAUCAGUUUGGAGAAAUGUUACGAGAGUACGUUUCGCUAAUCGGAGCGAUAAAGGAAGUAUUUCACGAACGUGUAAAAGUCUUUCAAAAUUGGCAACACGCUCAAAUGAUGUUGAACAAGAAACGAGAACAGAAAGCGAGAUUGGAACAAUCAGGGAGAACUGACAAAACGAGUCAAGCUGCUAGCGAUGUAAUAGACUGGGAAGCAAAAGUCGACAGAGGCCAAGAGGAGUUUGACAAUAUCUCGAAAAUGAUUAAGAAAGAAGUCGAACGAUUCGAAUUAGUGAGAGUGGAAGAUUUUAAGAAACAAUUAACGGAAUACUUGGAGUCCAUGUUACAAUACCAGAAUCAACUGAUCAAGUAUUGGGAGAGCUUUUUGCCCGAAGCACGAGCAGUCGCAUGAACAUUCCCGAAAGAGCGUGUGAAAUUCUUUUUGUUAUGAGGCAAAGGAAAUCUUUAAAAUAAGCAGAAAACUUUUGUGCAAUUUCUUUUCAGUUUAACUUCUGGCAAGCGAUGAAUCGCGUUCUAAAAUAGACGUGCCAUUUAUCAGUUUGCUAUGCAGUAUCAAUAUUCGUAUGAUGCAAUUUAUGUCAAUAAUCGGAAGAUUCGUAUACAAUAAUUUUGAAAUACUGCCAAUGCUUUUAUAAAUGCGAGAGCAUAAGAAAUGUGGCAUAUUUCAUUUAAACUUUUAGAUAUUCAUUUUAUGUCGAUUAUACCCAAGUGUAUCAUGCGUUUACAGUCUUCUCACUAUUCAAUUUAUGUUAGAAGUAUA